AUGGUUGUCACCAAAGGGCUCCCGGACCCUGCUAGCCGGAGCGCCCAGGCCGGGGCCCGGCCCCGGGCCCCGAGCGAGGGCGACGAGGCUUCCACCGAGACGCAGCGGAAGGGAUUCGUCGCGUUCAUUUUGAAGGUCCUCAAGUUCAUUGGCGAGCAAUGGCUGAUCAUUGGGUUCGGACUCGCCUGUUUGUUUGGAUAUCUAUGGCCUGAUGUCGCAUCAAAGGGAGGAAUAAUCAGGUCCGAGUACUCUGUCCUCUACGGCUCGGUGGCUAUUAUUUUCCUCAUCAGUGGACUGCAGCUGUCACCAGAGAAGCUUCGAAAGAAUCUCUCCAACUGGAGGCUGCACAUCCUCACGCAGGGCAUCAGUUUCAUAUUGAUACCGCUUAUUUGGCUAGCCAUCAUGUGGAUCAUCAUCGCCGCCAACGGCACGAGACAUAUCGAGCCCUCCGUCCUCGUCGGAAUGCUCGUGCUCAGCUGCCUCCCCACGACCAUCGCCUCGAACGUCGUCAUGACCCGUAACGCGGGCGGCGACGACGCGGCCGCCAUCAUCGAGGUCGUCCUCGGCAACGUCUUCGGGUCCUUCCUCUGCCCGGGCCUUAUCUACAUCUUCAUCCCGACCACGGCCGAGUUCCGCGACUGGACGCCCUCGGACGCCUCCGGCAUCCCCGAGAUGUACCGGCACGUGUCCAUGCAGCUGGGGCUAAGCGUCCUGAUCCCGAUAGUGCUGGGACAGACCCUCAGGAUGCUUUUUAAGGAGACGGUUCUCUGGGUCCUGGACAAGUUCUGCCUGGCCAAGGUGUCGACCUUCUUCCUGUGUACGCUGGCGUGGUCCACAUUCUCCAACGCCUUCAAGACCGGGGCGAUCGAGAGGCUCCCCACGGCCUCGAUCCUUUUCAACGUUUUCAUGAACGUAGGGCUGUACGCGCUCUUCACGGGGGUGUGCUUCGUGGCAGCGCGGCCGCCGCACCGGCUGGUGAUCGCGUUCGAGACGCGGGCGGCGCAGCGGUACAUACCGCGCUGGCUGCGGCGGGUCGUGGCGCCCAAGCAGAUGUCCAAGGAGCAGGCGGUGGCGGUGUGCUUCUGCGGCGCGGCGAAGACCACUAGCGUCGGCAUCCCGCUCGUGGCGGCCAUGUGGCACGCGAAGGCGGCCGAGACGCAGGCCACGCUCGCCAUCCCCGUGCUGCUCUACACCAUGGAGCAGGUCUUCCUCGCGCAGAUCCUCGUCUACGUGUUCCGGUGGUACCUCCGGAGGGGCGAGGCCCACAAGGAGAGCAUGGACAUGGAGGCCUUGCAUGCGCGCCUUGGCCGGGGGUUCGAGGAUGUCGAUGGAGUGGAUGAGAGGGGCCGCGGUGUGAGACUUACGGGUGAUGAUAGCGGCGCGAGGAGGGCGCGGCAAUUUGAUGAUGUUUCGUUGGAUUGA